AUGCCGAUCGACGAAACCUUUUUUCAUGCUGAAGGAAGUGGUGCAGGUGGCAAGCGGAGAGUCGAUCACACAUUUAACGAAUAUACAAUCACAACCAACAGCUCCUCCAACCUUGUGUAUGGUCUCUCUGAUGCUGGUGGAAUAUUCUGCUCUGAAAAGAGCCUUCCUAAGGUUAAACAAUCAACCGACCAAAUAUUCAACGAGACAACACCCUUGAUUCACAAUGACUCGCUAGGGGAUGAUUUGCUGGAUGAUGAUGGUGAUAAUGAUGGUAAUGGUAAUGGCGAGGGCAAUGGCGAUGAGGUGUUAUGGAAAGGCGAAUCGAAAUGUCUAAUUCGAGACACAUCCCCACUGGCUCUAUCAGCUUUGCUUGAAUGCUCUCUCUCGACAGUAAGCAUCAUUGCGGUGGGGCGCCUGGGGACAAUCCAGCUCGGAGCUGCGAGUAUGGCUAGUAUGCUGGCCAAUUUUACGGGGUAUAUGAUCUACCAUGGCCUUGCGGCAGCUCUUGAUACAUUGUGUAUGCAAGAAUUUGACACUGGCAUGCUUCAUCUGGUUGCAAUCCAUUUUCAAAGGAUGGUAUAUCUCCUUUUGAUCAUCACCGUGCCUAUAAUCGUUCUUUGGAGCUAUGCCGAACAGAUCCUCCCCAACAUUCUCUCCAAUGAAGAAACCGCCAUUCUUGCUGGUCGAUACCUUCGCAUCGUUGCAUGGGGGACGCCCGGGUACGCACUUUUUGAGGCAGCGAAGCGCUACAUUCAGGCCCAGGGUGUGUACUCGGCAUCGUCAUAUGUAUUGAGUGUCUGUGCACCUAUCAAUGCGUUUUUAAAUUGGUUCUUAGUUUGGUAUUGCGAAUUGGGCUUCAUCGGUGCUCCUAUUGCGUUGACGAUAACCGACUACUUACUCCCGAGCACGCUCUUUUUAUACGUCUACUGGGGAUCUCACGACGAGUGUUGGAAUGGGUUUACUCGCAGAGCCUUUACAAAUUGGGGCCCGAUGAUACGACUGGCAGUUAUCAAUGUGCUCACUGUUGAAGCUGAAUCGCUGAUUUACGGAAUUACCACUCUCGCUUCCUCAUACCUGGGGCCAGUCGUUCUAGCCACACAAACAAUCCUUGUGACAGCGAGCAAUAUAGUAUGGCAGGCUCCAUACUCCCUGUCAGUUACUACCCGGGCUCGUGUUGAUAACCUGAUGGCUUUUGGUUUCGGCAAUGCGGCCUGGAAGGUAUGCAAAGUUGCACUUUCUGUUGCCUUUGGCGUCGCUUCAGCGCAUAUAGUAUUGCUAUCCUUGCUCCGAUACCCGAUUGCGAAGAUAUUUUCGACUGAAUCCGAAGUGAUUGAAUUGGUCGCUCAAGUGAUGCCCCUCUGUGCAGCAGCCCAUUUUGUUGAAUGCAUGGUUUUGAGUUCAAAUGGAAUUCUGGGUGGCAUUGGCAAACCGGAGGAUGCUAGCUAUCUGCAGACGAGUAUCUUUGCCAUCGUCGCCCUCCCUCUCCAAUUCGGGUUAACCUUUGGUCUGGAUUGGUCGGUCUGGGGGCUUUGGAUCGGUGCACUGUCUGGAUUUUUCUUCAUUCUCGUUGCCCAGUGGUUAUAUCUAAGUCAAAUUAAUUGGGCGAGAUGCGUCCGAGAAGCCUCGAUGGACUUUUCGGUAGCAUCAUCUUGA